AUGGGAGAUAGAGAAGAAGAGGAGGAAGUCCCUUUAAGGGUGACCAAUAUUGAAUUGGCCAAGAUAGUCAGAGAGCAAGCAGCCAAGAACAAAAAGAUGGAGGCUGAAAUAGAAAAGUUGAAGAGGGAAAAGAGUAAGAAGAAGCAAUCAGAAGUUAUUUCAGAUUCAGAUGAGGAGGACCAAGAGGAAGAAAGGUCCAUGGAAGAGCCAUCAAGAGGCAUGUCUGAAAGACAAUUCAUAGAUGCCCUUGGAAAGUUGAGUAGGAAGGACACUAAGGUGGACUUACCUAUGUUUCCAGGAAAAAUGAACCCUGAAGAAUGCCUUGAUUGGAUUGAGGCAAUGGAAAACUACUUUGAAUGUGAGGAAGUGUCUAAAAAUCAGAAAGUGAGGAUUGGAAAGUCAAGAAUGAAGGGGGCAGCCCUUAGUUGGUGGAAUUUCAUCCAAAAUGAGAGGAUAGAGGAAGACAAACAACCUAUAUCAACCUGGAGGAAGAUGGUGCUUGAAAUCAAGAAACAAUUUGUCCCUGAAGAUUAUGAAGUCAGUUUGCAUAAGAAACUACAAAACUUGAAACAAAAGGACAUGGAUGUGAGCACGUACACUGAGGAGUUUCACAAAAUGAACUUGAAGGCCAAGGUACCUGAAAAUGAAAAACAAAAACUUGCAAGAUAUCUAAAUGGUCUCAAAUUCUCCAUCCAAGAUGAACUAAGUCUCUUUAACCCUGAGACAGUUCAUAAGUGUUUCCAAAUGGCAUUGAGGAUUGAGGAAAAACAAAAAAGGAGACAUGAUGCAAGCAGCAGCAGAGGAAGAGGAAAUCAGAACUUUAGGGGAAGGGGCAGAUUUCAAAACAGAGAUUUCUUCCCUAAAAAUUAUGACAGCAGAUCACAAGAGGGCAGCCAAGGACAAGUAGAAAGAAAUAACACCAACCAAGGUCGGUUUAGAGGAAGAGGCAAUGGUAGAGGAAGAGGUGGAGGAAGAGGUUCCAGCAUGUUUACUGGAAGGUGUUUUUCUUGCAAUCAGAUUGGACAUCAAUCUUUUAGGUGUCCUGAAAAGAUGGGAAACACUGCUGCAAACCAGAAAGAAAGGAGGAUACAACUCCUCAAUGAAGAAGAUUGUCAAAGCACCUCCAGUUAUCACACCACCUCCUCUAAGCCAGCAGCACCUGAGAGUGGAGAAUGCCUCAUGUUCAAUAGAUCACUCAUCAUGCCGGUCACACAAGAGCGGCCCCAAAGAAACAACUUGUUUAGAACCACUUGCAAGGUAAAAGGAAAAGUUUGUAAGGUCAUUGUUGAUUCAGGUUCUUCUGAAAAUUUGGUUUCUAAUGAAAUGGUGAAUAAGUUAGGAUUGGAAAGGAUACCCCAUCCUAAUCCAUAUAGAGUCUUUUGGCUAACCAAGGAACAACAAAUUUUGGUGAAAGAGCAAUGUUGGGUUGAAUUCAAGAUAGGUGAGUAUCAUGACCAGGUUCUUUGUGAGAUAGUAGAUAUGGAUGCAUGCCAUCUUCUCCUUGGAAGGCCUUGGCAACAUGACACAAAUUCUCAGCAUGAUGGUAAGAAAAAUGUGAUUUAUUUGACAAAGAAUGGUGAAAUGUUUACUAUGACUCCUUUGAUUGAUGAUUGUAAAGAAAAGGUCAUUUCUAGUUCAGUUAUGUUGAUAGGAGAAAAAGAGUUUUUGGCUAACCUCAAGGAAGAAAAGGUGCCAUGUUUUGCAGUAGUUCUCAAGCCCAAGGAGGUGAAUCCUAAGAAAGACAAAGGGCAGCAACCUCUUAGGAAGGUUGGACCAAAGGAAGUGGAAGGAAUGUUGGAGAUGUUUCAGGAUGUGAUAGCUAAUGAGGAAAAAGAUGCCCUUCCACCAAAGAGGGAGAUUAGUCAUUGCAUUGAUCUCAUCCCUGGAUCCACCCUACCAAACCAAGCAGCCUACAAGCUUACACCAAAGCAAAAUGAGGAAGUAGCAAGACAAAUCCAAGACUUGUUGGAUAGAGGGCUCAUAAGGAGGAGUAUUAGCCCAUGA